UAUGAUUUAGCAAACUAAAAAAAAAAGACUAGCAGCAGAGAACUUACUGUCGUACGUAUGGGGAUCUCGGUCAUGGCUUCUAUGGCUCUGAAACCAUCUCCAUUUCAAUUUUUCGGGAAGUCGCGGCUCCAAGGCAUCCAGCCUUCAACAAGAUCAUCAUCUUUCAGAGUAAUGUCCAAAAAAGCAAAGAAGGUCAAGACUACUCAGCCUUUCGGGCCUGGGGGAGGACUGGAACUGAAAGAUGGUGUCGAUGCAUCAGGAAGGCAAGCCAAGGGGAAGGGCAUCUACCAGUUUGCCAACAAGUAUGGAGCAAAUGUUGAUGGGUACAGCCCGAUAUAUAACCCAGAAGAAUGGUCUCCAAGUGGUGACUAUUAUGCUGGAGGAAAGACGGGGUUGUUGCUCUGGGUAGCCACUCUUGCUGGAAUUCUGCUGGGUGGUGCUCUUCUUGUUUACAAUACUAGUGCUUUGGCUUCCUGAAGUCUGGGUACAGAAAACCAAAUUAUGUACCAUGCAAGGAUUACAUCAUCUAGAGUAGAUAUAUGACCACCUAUGUCCCUAGACUAAACUAUCAAAAGUGGUAAAUUUCCAAAUACAAAUAAUCUUCGUA